GGGUAUUCCUCCAAUCUAAGUUCCCGGAGACGGUCCCUUCCGAUCCCCCCGCGGCUGAUAAGGUAACCCCUCCCCCAUCAAUCAUGAACAGUGGGGCAGCUGAAUUUCCCAUCACAUCUCUUUUCUCAAUCAAUGUGACUGCUAGUUGAAAUCCUCAUUCGGUCCUGAAUCCAGCGUGAUGCAUUUUCUAGACAGGGUUACAUGGCCCUCUAUCCGAACACCCCGAAUUGUCAGCUCCUCAUCGCUUGCGACGAGAGACCAAAAUUAUGACAUGAGGAGUUCCACCUCGGUGACCUCCGAUGGCAACUUUCAUGCACGUAUCAGCACCCCCGACUCCUGCCUAUCCCACCGCUAAUCCGCGCUAUAUCACGAUCUCUAGACCAAGCUACACAUAUAGCACCUGGAUCACAUUGUAUCAUCAGCGUCUACGGCUGUCACGCCCGAUGUUGUCUCCAGAAGUUCGAAUGACUAUUGGCCAGGUCGAACGUUCUAUCCCUCACGAGGUCACCUGUCGCCACUGAUCCUUGCUCUGCCGGCACAUUUCUUUCCUUAGCCCGGACAUUUAUAAAGGCCACUGGCUGCUGGCAAGUGACACUGGUACUGCUCAAAUAUCUUUGACUUUAUCUCUGCGUGUACCAUGCCAGCCAAAAGCAAAAACGAGAGCCGUGCGGAAUACUGUACCGGUUACUCGGAGGACGUGGACGUCAUCCGGGAGCGGGAGUAUCCAUUUCUCAAAGAUACGACCUACUUAGACCAUGCCGGCACAACGUUGUAUCCCAAGUCGUUGAUCGACUCAUUCGCACACGAUCUGACUUCGAAUCUUUUCGGCAAUCCUCAUUCUCGAUCUGCAUCAUCCCAGCUGUCUACGCAGCGUGUAGAUGAUAUCCGCCUCAGGGCACUUCGCUUUUUCAAUGCGGAUCCGGAUGAGUUCGAUCUCGUAUUCGUAGCAAAUGCUACCGCUGCUAUCAAAUUAGUGGCAGAUGUGUUCCGAGAUGCGUCACCUCAAGGAUUCUGGUAUGGAUACUUUAUAGAUGCGCAUACGAGCUUGGUGGGAGCGCGGGAGCUUGCGGAAAGGGGGCAUAGGUGCUUCCUGUCCGGUGGUGAGGUUGAGCAGUGGAUAUCGGAUUUGGCUACCGAUCAAACGAACUUUCCCAGGCUGUUUGCAUACCCUGGGCAAUCGAAUUUGAACGGUCGCCGUUCUCCUAUGCAGUGGUGUAAGAAGAUACGGGAGGGGAGCUCGGGCGCAGGAAAUGUCUAUACCCUGCUUGAUGCUGCAUCUCUCGUUUCCACGUCACCCCUUGACCUGAGUGACGCAUCUGUUGCGCCGGAUUUUACGGCGCUCAGUUUCUACAAGAUUUUCGGAUUCCCCGAUCUCGGUGCCUUGAUAGUGCGGAAAAAGGCAGCGGGCAUUCUUGAGAAACGCAAGUUCUUCGGCGGCGGGACGGUGGAUAUGGUCCUGGCCCAAGGAACGCCAUGGCAUGCAAAGAAAUCCACGAUCCACGAGCGCUUAGAGGAUGGUACUUUGCCGUUCCAUAAUAUUAUUGCCCUUGAUUCGGCAUUAUCUACACAUAGGCGUCUGUUUGGAUCGAUGAGCAAUGUCUCGUCCCACACGCGCUACCUGGCAAAGCGACUACACAACCGGUUGGCCGCGAUGACCCAUUUCAAUGGGGAGAAAGUCUGCCAGUUGUAUAUGUCCCCUGAAUCAGACUUUGACAGUUUCACUCAAGGGCCGAUCAUUGCGUUCAACAUACGGAAUAGCUCUGGUGCGUGGGUUGGAAAGUCUGAAGUUGAGAGGCUCGCGAAUGUCAAGAAGAUACAUAUCAGGUCAGGAUCACACUGCAACCCGGGAGGAACGGCAACUAGCCUUGGCUGGACUGGGCCUGAAUUGCUUCGUAACUUCUCCGCUGGACUGCGCUGUGGUGAUGAUCACGAUGUCAUGGAUGGGCGGCCGACUGGCAUUUUAAGAGUCAGUCUCGGUGCGGUCACUAACCUCAAAGACAUUGACACAUUCACGAGGUUCAUUGACGAGUUUUACAUCGAGAAGGCACCGGAAUUUGUAUCACUGGUGCCGCCGAUGGAAGUUGUUUUGCAAGAACCCAGCUUCUACGUGGAGAGCCUUUCAGUGUAUCCAAUCAAGAGCUGUGGAGCGUUCAAGGUUCCCGACGGUCAACGUUGGGAGCUCAAAAGAGAAGGUCUCGCAUGGGAUCGAGAAUGGUGUCUUAUCCAUCAGGGUACUGGUGCCGCUCUCAGUAUGAAGAAAUAUCCCCGCAUGGCACUGAUACGGCCGGUUAUUGACCUGGAGCGUGGUGUUUUACGCAUUACCUGUGGGUCGGAUCCAAAAGAGCUGGAGGUCUCCCUCCGCCGCGAAAUCACUAAUCUAGUUACCACCUCGCUGUGUCAGAGCGCGAAAUCCUCCAGCGUCUGCGGUGAUCGAGUGGUUGUCCAGGCAUAUUCCUCACCUACCGUGUCGUCUUUCUUCUCUAACUUCCUUGGUGUACCGUGUACACUUGCAAGGUUCCCGCCACAGAUCUCCACUAGGAUUUCAAAUCCCACUCGGUCACCUAGAAGGACUCAGAGAGCCCUCAUGCCUGGCUCUUUUCCAGAAGAUCCAUCACCGACGCCUGAACAACCACCAAUCCUCCUAUCCAAUGAGAGCCCAAUUCUGCUCAUUUCUCGCUCGUCAGUCAAUCGCCUGAACGAAAACAUCAAGUACGGCCCCAGACCUAGCCAUAGCACUCCAGCGAGGGCCGUAGAAGCCGAUGUCUUCCGCGCCAACAUUGUCGUCGCCGAGAAUCUUCACCAGCUAGCUAACGCGGAACGUCCAUACACAGAAGACACUUGGGAGUCAUUCUCUGUUGGACCGGAACAGUUGCACUUUGAUGUGCUCGGAUCAUGUCAACGGUGUCAGAUGGUCUGCGUUGACCCGUAUACUGGCAACCGUCGAGAGGAGCCUUAUUCAACCCUGGUAAAGACGAGGAAGAUCAACAGCAAGAUCGUGUUUGGGAGACACGCUUCUCUAUCUAAGAUGGAGCUUUCACAGGAUGCUGGCAAUCCUAAAUCUUGCACUGUUAUGGUAGGGGAUGUUGUGACACCGCAGAUUUCUUGAACUAGCCGUACGUAAAGAAUUAAUGCAUCACUUUUAAAG